UGCGCCCCGUUCUGCUCCGAUCUGUGACGUCCUGCGAGGAACCGGUGUCAGUCAGCGAACACGUCCCAGGUGGCUUCGCCCUUCGGGGCACCUCCAUGAACAGGAUGUGGCGGCUGCUGCUGCUGGUGCUGCUGCUGCUGGCGGGCCACGACUCGAACGCGGCGGGCGCCAAGCGCAGCAAGGACUCCAAGGACACGCGGCGCAAGAGCGUGGUGCAGACCAUCACGGUGCCCGGCCGGCCCGGCGUCUUCAUGAACAUCUGCGACUCGUUCCACAUCCGCACCCUCAACGUGUACUGCCACUGCUCCACGCUGGUGCUGGCCAACGCCACCGAGGCCUCGUGCUGGGUGUUCGGCAAGAGCGAGAAUGAGACCGCGCCCAUCUGGGACUCGUUCACGUCGCAGCCCAACCUGGAGACGCUUAAGAUCAACGUCCGCGAGGAGAGCAUCCACAAGUUCAUCCCCACCCGCGCCCUGUCCUUCCUCCGGAAGCUCAAGUACUUCGAGAUCACCUACGCCACCAUCUCGGACCUGCCGCCCUACGCCUUCGCCAACCUCACCACGCUGCAGGAGCUGCAACUGCAGCGUAACCAGAUCGUGGUGCUCAAGCCGCGCUCCUUCGCCUGGCUGCCGAACCUGACGGCCGUCAACCUGGGCGAGAACAACAUCGCCGAGAUCCAGCGCGAGGUGUUCCUGGGGCUGCCGCUGCUGCGCCGCCUCUUCCUCAACCACAACAACAUCACCACCCUCCACGACGGCGCCUUCACCCACCUGUCCGGCCUGGACGAGCUGGAGCUCCACGACAACCAGCUGUCCGUCCUCACCCGGGAGACCUUCAGCGGCCUCAAGAUGCUGCGCCGACUGCUGCUCAACAACAACAAGCUCAGGAUGCUGGGCGACUGCACCUUCUGCGAGAUGCCGCACCUGACGGAACUGUACCUCAACGAGAACGGUCUGCAGUACCUGAGCAACCGCGCCUUCGAGGGCCUGAGCCGCCUGACGCGCCUCAUGCUCGGCGACAACCUGCUGCAAGUGUUGGCCCCCGGCUCCUUCAACGGCAUGUCGCGCAUGCGCUACCUGGACCUGCGCAACAACCAGCUGCACAACCUGCUGUUCGAGACCGUCAAGCCCCUCAUGGAGAGCUUCAAGAACAUCACGUCCUACUUCUACAUUGAUGGCAACCGCCUCGUGUGUGACUGCCGCCUGGACUGGAUCUACACCCUGCGGAACGAGACGCCCAACGACCAGAUCCGCGCCGCGCUGGACGAGACCGACUGCAUCCUGGAGGGCGCCGAGGCCGUGCCCGAGGGCGUGCCCGGCCCCCACAAGGCGGGGCUGCUCAAGGCGGGCCGCUACUUCCCCGGCAGCACCGACGUGCCCAGCUACAUCCGCGACGAGCCCGCCCUGUCGCGCUUCGCGAACCAGCCCGUGCCGCGCCACGACCCGCUGGAGGAGGAGACCAGCGGCAACCUGGACGACGACUACGGCGACGACCUGGUGGAGCACCGGGCGCGCGCCAUGCCGCCCGGCGCGCCGCGUCGCAUCAUGGAGCUGGACCCCGAGCAGCUGCCGUGCCCGCAGCCCGUCAAGGCGCCGUCCGCCACCGUCCCCACCAUCGACGCCAACGGCAACGAGUUCGACGAGACCAACGGCGUGCAGACGCUGACGGGCCCGGUCCGCGAAGAGGGUUCAAGAGUCCGCUGUGAACAUGAUGGUGAUGAUGAGGAUGAUGUUGAUGAUGACGAUGAUGAUGCUGAUGACGGUGAUGAUGAUAGUGAUGGCGGUCAUGGUGAUGGUGAUGGCGACAGUGAUGAAGACGUGAGUGUUGACUCCGUCCCCGCCCACUCGACGGCCGGCCGCCUACACUGCUAG